GGAGGGCAGUUGUUCUGUGGACGCGGUGCUGAGCGGACGUGCGGACGAGCGCUCAACGCAUUCGGUGUGCUCCGCGAUUUCACCAGUCCGAGUGUCUCUCUUGCUGACCAUUUUCGCUUCGUGUACCUGGAGGAAGCGAAGGGCAGAGAGAUAGUAGUGUUGGUGAACUUUGUUUUAUCUAGUGACUCACGUGAAGUUAUUGUUUUUAGUGGUAAUAUUAUUGUUAUUUUAGUGGGUGUCUGAGUGUGCGUUCCUCCCACUGGCUUCAUGAAUGAGAUUUACCGCGAGUGUAAACCUGUGCGUUCAUGUGCUUGCCUUGGUGGAUUCCCGGAUGUGUGGUAGCGACGUUGCGCCCACCGCCCGUGUGACAAUGUGCUGAAGUGUUGCACCCUGCGACGCCCCAAGAACCGCCGCUGCCAGCGAUCAGCGAGGGCGUGCGCCCGUCCAUCGUCUUCGUUUCGCCCGGUCCGCCGUGCCCUUUGAGAGCCGUGAGGGCGCAAGCUCGUCCGCCGCAGAGGAGAAUGGUUACGGGCGCGGCGAGGCUGUAGCAGCGCCCCCGCCAGCAUGGUGUACCUGAGUGAGGGCGGGCGCGGGUGGGCGGGCGGCGAGGUGGUGCUGCCCUCGCCCGGCUCCGAGCCCCCGCCCCCCUACUCCCCUCCGCGCGUGCCCCCCCACCAGCGCUUCUUCCCCCCCGCCUUCCCUGCCCUCCUCCCUCAUCACCACUACUUCCAGCCCUUCGCCGACUACUACGACCUCACGCCCGCGCCCUCGCAGCCCGGCAGCCUCUCCAGCCACGACGCGGCGCCCCCCAUCAAGGACCCCCCUCCCCCCUACCCACCCAUGCCAUCCCUCAAGGCCGCCCAUGCCGCCCUCAACCACGGCCCCUCGAGCGCCUUCUCGCCGCCCACCAAAACCAUCAAAUACACUUACCCGCCGCCCUACACGCCCACGGACACCGGGCAGGGGAAGGUGGGCGUCCCCGCCCCGCAGGACGAGAGGCGCGAGGGGCAACGGGACGCGGGCGGCGGCCGGGCGACGGAGCCUCGUCACCGCGAGCGCCGCUCACGCCCGCACGCCCACGACAAGACGCGCUCCCUGGACCAUCGUGAUCCCCGCAAUCGCACUGCCGCCCACGCCCAGCACCGGGCGGCCAGUGGUUUCCGGCGCACCGAGGCGAGUGCCAGAGUGCCCGGCGACACCACACACGGUGGCCACGGGCGCGUCCCCCCCCUGGUGGCCCCGGGCGGUGGCACUGGGCACCCGCGCGGCCCGCUCCUGCGCACGGGCAAGAGUUUGGAGCUGCCGCACGAGCGCACGUCGCACCCGCCGCCCGCCACCGCCCACACACAUCCCGCCCACGCCGCCCAUCCCACCCACCCGCGCCUCCCCCUCCUCACCAAAGACGGCGCCCAAGGCACGCCGCCCCGCACCAAAGAGCCCUCGGGCGCCCCCCGCCCCUCGGGCACCAAUGCAACCUCUAAGUCAGCUCGCAACGCCCACAUGGGCGUCGGCCCCGCCAAGCCCGCCCGCAGCCGGCACUUGGCUCACACGUCGCCCCCUGCGCAGGCGCGGGCGCGUCCCACUAGUCGCAGUGAAGAGAGAUGGGCGGCGAGAACGUCUCGCCUGGAAGCGGCGGCCGCCCAGGCUAUGCAGGCCGCCCGCGCCGUGCCCGUCAACUUCGUCCACAGUCAGCCCGGCGCCCUCGCCCACGCCCCCGCGGAGGCGGAGCACCACAUGAGCCGCGGGCGGCUGCGCUCGUGCCGCUCGCUGGACGAGCUGUCGGACCUGCUGGACGAGGAGGCGCCGCGGCCGCCCGUGGCCACGCGCAGCCUGGACGACCUCACGGAACCACUCUACGAGAACGUCGACAUCAUCCACGCCCAUGCCCGCGCCCACCACCACCGCGCGGCGCACAACACGAGCGUGCCCGACCUGCUGGAGGCGCCGCCGCGGCCGCCGCGCCAGAGGAACAACUCUCUGUCGUCACUGCUGGACGACCUGGGCAGCUGCGCCUCGGCGUCGCUGGCCCGCCGCGCCCUCAACACCAGCGUGCCCGACGUGCUGGAGGCGGGCUUCUCGUGGGGCUCGCCGACCUCCACGCUGCGCUCAGCCGCCUCCUCCGCCGCCGCCUCUGCGCCGCGCCACGCGCACGACGCCACCAGCGACAUCAGCGUGCAGCUGCAGAAGAUCCGCGAGGUGGCGCGGGUGCUGGACGUGAAGUACCGCCGCGGGGAGCUCUCGUCGUCGUCCGCCAGCAGUAGCGGCCCGCCCUCGGCGCACACCUCGCCCCGGAUGCCCUCGUCCGAACACACACCGCCCCACCACCACGCCCCGGGGGUGCCCGCCCGCGCGCCCGUCAUUCACGACGUACUGCGAGACAGCCAGAAGCUGCAGCAGCAGCAGCCUCCGAGCGCGGCGGGCACGUCGCUGCCCUCGCUGGAGGCAGACGCCACUAGUCAGGAGAGCGGCUACAGCUCGGUGGACUCGAGGUCCUUCAGGCAGCACCAGCGCUCGCCGCCAGACGCUGCUGCCUCGCCGCCGCAGCACCCAAGCCAGCAGAAGCAGCUGCAACACCAGCAGCUGCGGCCUCAGGAGCAGUCAAAGUCCGGCGGCCAGCAGCAGGCACGGGCCCUCCAGCAGGACAGUCGCGCGAUUUCCCAGCAGGGUACUGGGUCUCACCGUGGCCAGAAUAACCAAAGCAAUUACCACGACAUCAAUGAGCUCAAUCGGAAACAUCAGAUGCAACAGCAACAGAGACCGGAAAAUGCGGCUUAUCGUCAACAGGAACAGCACCAGCAAAAGCUGUCUCCACGCCAACAGCAGCAGUAUCAGCACCGCACGCAACCUCCACAGCAUCAGCAGCAGUCUAAGCAUCAACAUCAACAAAUGCAACAGCUUAGACCUCAACAAAAGUCCUCUCAACAGUACAACCCACAAAAGACGUUUCUACACCGACAGCAACAGCAGCAAGAGGAGGAGAGCCACUCCCUCCCGUACCAACACCAGCAUGUACAGCAGCUGCACAUACAACAGGGCGUGAACCAGGACAAGCUCGGGAUCUACAUCAAGAGCGUGGUGCCGGGCGGAGCCGCAGACCAGGACGGAAGGCUGCAGGCCGGCGACCAGUUGCUGUCGGUGGACGGCAAGUCCUUGAUCGGCAUCAGUCAGGAGCGUGCGGCCGAGUACAUGAUGGAGACGGGACCCGUCGUGACGCUGCAGGUGGCCAGGCAAGGGGCCAUCUACCACGGCCUGGCCACCAUCCUGUCGCAGCCGUCGCCGCAGGUCAACCGAGCCUCCCAGCGGAAGAUGCGGUCUCGGGCGGAGGAGGUCGGCCGCGCCGCCGCCAUGACUAACAGCCAGUCCGCGCCUAACAUGGGCGGCUACAACGAGCGGCUGGUAGACUGGAAUCAGCCUCCCCGCCACCACCCCCUCCCCCCCACCUCCUCCCACAGCUCCCUGAUGGCCAGGUCGAGCCCCAACCUGGCAGCGGCACCAGAAGGUUACCCUGGUGGUCGUCACUUGAGUGAGCGUGAUCUGCCAUCUAAAGUCCUCCGUGAACACAACCAGGAACCCCCUGCACCGCCCCUUCUCCAUCAGGCUCCCCGUAUGCAAGCGUCAAAGUCUGUCCCCUCAUUAAAUAGUGAAGCUGGUAGUAGUGUUGGGGGAAAACCAGCAUCACUGGAGGUCUUCAACCCUUCGUACUCUCGCACCUCCUCAAACACCUCUUUGUCACAGCCUCAGAACCCACACUUCCCUCACCAUCCCCACCAACAUCCACAACAACAACCGCAACACCAGCAGCAACAGCAGCAGCACCAGCAACCACCUAUUCGCUCAAGGUCAACUCAAAAUCUCAGUGAUGGAAGUUAUCCAGGCCUUGUGGGUAGGCACCCUAGCAACCCAAGCCUUGUGGUGGAGGAGGAGCGCUACUAUCAAAAUGUGAACUUCCACCAGGGUCCUCAGGAUCCUCGCAUGGGCUCGACACGUACUCGUCCCAGCCAACCACUUCCCAUGGGGUCUCCUGCUUCCCAGGGCCCUCCAGAACAGAUGCGUCCUGACCACCCACGACAUGAGCCCCGUAGUGAGCGACCUGCUUCAGCCUUCAUGCAACGUGAAGACAUGGUGCCACAGAGGACAGAAAUGACCAGACCUGCUUCACAGCGUGACAUUCGCGCUGAUGCUAAAAUGAUGGAGAUGACAGAAGAAGUGCGUCGGAGAGAAGAGCGCAUGCGCCUCAAUGGUCACCCACCUGCAUCCCAGCAACAGCGGCCAGGCCCACAGCAGGCUCAUCGUGUGCCAAAUACUUACUCCCCAGGAACUCCCUUUUCCCCAGAAGGCUUUAAUGGGCCUCAGGGUUUCCCAGGUCAGCACCCAGGCUAUCACCCAACCACAUCCCAGCCCAUCAGCCCUCAAGGGACCAUGGCAGGACUCCAGCAGCAGCCCCAGCAUGCUCACCCCCAGUAUGCAGGUCACCCACAGGGCUUCCCAGGUGGCAAGUUCCCCCCACCAACUGCUCCCAAGCCAAAAUCACAAGUACCUCAGGGACCUCUCUCUCCUGAUGCUCCAGAAAAACCUAUGCGGCAGUAUGGGUAUGAGGGUAUCAAUGCAGAUGCUCCCCCCAGGCCUCCACCACCAGAGGAUGGAUACCGUGACUCACCUCCCCCUCCACCCCCUCCAACCUCCACACACCCUCUCUUGCAGACCAGUCGUCCAGCCUCCAAUGUUGGCUACAACAUGAACUCUGGACAAGGAAACAAGUCUGUAUUCAAUAAGACCAGUCCAUGGGACAGGGAAGAAAAAGAAAGAAAUGAUCGUCGGCGUCGUGAGGCUGUGCGACACUGGCGAGAUGAACAGAUCUCCUCUCUGGAGGGAAUAGAAAAUCGUACAACCCAACAGGAAGAAAGACUACGCACCCUGAGGCUUGAAAAGGAGUUCCAGCGCCGUGCAGAAGAAAUGAAUAAUGAUGAUGAUGAGGAUGAGGAUGAGGAUGAGGAUGUGGAAGAACGAGAGAAUCACAGAGAAAAUGAGGAUGAUGUAAAAUAUAAUCAAGAGAAUAAUGCUACAAGGGAAUACAAUAAGCUCCCAGGAAAUGCUCCUCUCAUCACCAGUGGGCAAGAGCCACGCAUGAAUGGUGGAGGACCUGUGGAUGAGGAAAGAGCACGAAAGGUGGACGAGAUCCGAAGGAAACAGCAGGAGCUUGAAGCUGCUAGUGAGGUGGAAGAGCGACUCCUACGUGAAGCGCAGAGGCGACAGCAAGAGGAACAACUGAGACGCUUCCAGUUGCAACAAGAGCAGCCACAACGGCAACAGCAGCAGCAACAACAGCAGCAGCAGCAGCAGCAGCAUUCACAUUACCAGCACCAACAUCAUGCCACUCAAAGACUGGACACUCUGGUUGGAUCUCCAUUCCAGAACCAGUAUAGUAAUGGUCCUGUCAAUGGUUCACGAAAUCUUGGUGGCUACCCAGAACACAACCAGAGUACUGACAGCAAUCAUGGCAUGGAUGCACUAGUACCAGGAGCUCAGCACAGUCCGGUGCCUCCUGAGCGAGGGUCAUCUUAUAGCAUAAUGCAACAGCAAUCGCAACACUCUUCAAACAAUAAUCGACACAAGGGUCCUGAUGGUCCUCCCACUACAAUAAAACGUGUCCAGUUCUCUGAGACAACAACUAUGGACACCCACAUCACUUAUGAUAAUAAUGCAAACCAGGAGAAGACUCCAAGGCAGGAUCCUGAUAAUUUUAUCAAUGAAGCAGAGACUCUUCUUAACUCCUCUCCAAACCGCACUGGUGGAACACCAGGUGUUAUUGGUGCUCAGGAAGUAUACAGGGAUCCUCGUUGGCGCCGCCUGCAAGAAAAGCAAGCGCAGCAAGCAGCAGCCAAGACCCCUGGCCCUGAGAAACUCUCCUUCAAGGAGAAGAUGAAAAUGUUUGCUAUGGAAACUGGCGAGGCUGAAACACCCAAAGACAAAGUUAAAAUCAGCCGUGCUCAGAGAGACAUUGAACACUGAGGAAAAGAAACACAUUAAUGGCUGUUACUUGAUGUACCAGUGAGAGACAGUCUAAGGUCACAGUGGUUCUCAGUUUACAUAAGACAAAUAUUCUGCAGGAGAUGCUUAUGAACGUGUGAUUUGACAAAGGAAGGUCUGACUUCGUUUCGUAAUUGCUGUAAUAUUCAGUAAACCGAGACCAGUUGUUAUAUAUAUAUAUUUUAUAUUUCUUUUACUCUAUUUUAUGUAUAGCUGACCAUUUGAUGCAAGUCAAAAGUUAGUAUGUUGUUAUUUUAGAUUGCUGCAAACAUUUUAUUUCAAAUGAGCUAAAGGACAUAAAUGUAUAUUAUUGGCAGCUUGUUGGGGAGGAUAAGACCUUUUGUGUUCCUGUAAUAUAGUAGCUAGCAUUUCAUACCCACAUAUCAGCACGAGUACAAAGUGUACAGAAGUGGAGCAUCUCCCUCCAGCAACUGUCAGGGCAGCUGGCCACCUGCUGAGGUGUUGCCAGUACCCAGGGAACUUCAUCAGUCAUCUCCCCGCCUCAUGUGGACCAAACGGAGGACCCACAUAGUUUACCUAUAUACUAAACCAAGCCUUUAUAGGAAUGCAUUGUUGUUGACCUGCCUUAUAGAUUGGCCAAUGAUUCAUUUACUGUCACAUCAUUGGACUUAUAGCUUUGUAGGUCAAUUGUCCCUACAAGGUAUUGGCUAUAUCCCCCUGUACAUAUGUAAAGUUUGAGGAUAUGGUAGGUAGGCAUCACUGCAUACUCAACCAAAACCUGCACGUUUGCUUCAGUAUUGUGGUUAAAAAUGAGUUUUGGUAAAACAUUUCCUUGGGUUCUCUUUCCAUAUGUUCCACAUAAGAAAAUAGUGUCAUUAAUACCCUAAGUGGGAAUCUUGCAAAGGAAUCUUGUCACAAUUACUAGAUAGAGUUGGUCAUACCUUCACACUUAGUAAAUGUCUGUCAUAUUGGAUGAAGAAUAAUUAUAUAAUGUACAUUUAUCAAUUAUUUUAUGAUUACUAUGGAACAAAGUGUGGUAGGCUGGGGUAUGUGGAUAGAAGAUUAGUUGUGUCUGUGAUAAAGGGUGACCCCAGCCUCGCCUCACUCAUUUUACACAAUACAAUAAACACAGAUA